AUGGAGGUCACCCUUCUCUGCCAUGAGAAAAACCAUCUCAGAGGGGACAGGGGCAGCAUCGACAAGAAAAGUGUUGAACACCUCCGUGAUUUGCUAACAGGACAUGGCUUCAGAAGCCAACCUCCUUCACCUUCUUCUGCAGAAACCAGUAGACCUUCUUCUUUGCUCAUCAUUGGUUUCUUUAUCUUGGCUCUGCAAUGGCCAGAAGGAGGAGCCUUCCCCACAAUACCACUCUCCAGCCUGUUUGCCAAUGCUGUACUAAGGGCUCAGCAUCUUCAUCUGCUUGCAACAGAUACCUUCAAGGAAUUUGAGCGUUCCUACAUCCCAGAAGACCAGCGAUACUCCAACAAGAAUUCUCAGUCUGCAUUCUGUUACUCUGAAACUAUCCCUGCACCCACAGGGAAAGAUGAUGCUCAACAAAAAACAGACAUGGAACUGCUGAGGUUUUCACUGAUUCUCAUUCAGUCCUGGCUAAGUCCUGUACGGUUUCUGAGCAGGGUGUUUACGAACAGCCUUGUGUUUGGGACUUCAGACAGAGUCUAUGAAAAACUCCAGGACUUGGAAGAAGGUAUCCAAGCUCUUAUGAGGGAGCUGGAGGAUGGGAGCUCCCGGGGCCUUCAGCCGCUUACACCCACCUAUGAAAAGUUUGAGGUCAAUCUCCGGAAUGAAGGCUCUUUGCUGAAAAACUACAGUCUCUUGUCCUGCUUCAAGAAAGACCUGCACAAAGUGGAGACCUACCUGAAAGUGAUGAAAUGCCGGCGCUUUGGAGAAAUCAACUGUGCCAUCUGAGGGCAGAAAAGACCUACCUAUCCACUCCACUUUUCUUAUGCAGUUUUCUAGGACCCGAGAAAGUGAAUAUGCUAUCACUGCUCUAACUGCCCACAUGCCUGAGUCAAAGAAAGAGCAACGCCUAUUGCAUUUUAAAGCCUAUCGCAUUUUAUAGCCCUGCUGUUUGU